AUGAUACGAAGAAUACCCGAUGAAAGCCGAGAUAUCAUAGCAGGAUCCAUGUAUAACCGAGCCGAGUUUAUAUGCGGAUUACUAAACAACAGCAUAACUCGAGGGGCACGUCAUGUGACCAUCUCUGUGCUCCCACAGCUUGGUUUUACGGUACAAGACAAUGGGAAGUCAAUGACUGAUAUGCGCCACACACCGGCAGCUCUGGACUUAUUGGGGUCUGUUGCUGUGGUGACAGUCGAGUCACAUGACCAGCAUCUUACUCUUCAAGGCCAUGUGAGAAGCAUAAAGAUUCGCGAUGGCCCUUCUUCUUCAGAGGGCACGCUCAUAACUUGCUCUUCGCUGUUUUACAAUAUUCCUGUGAAACGCAAGUAUGCUCUUCAACAGAGAGAUUAUGAUCAGGUCAUAUUUGGCGUUUGGGUAGAGUUAUUGCGGUUUCCAAGCGUUCACGUGACCUUGGUUUCUUCUAAUCAGGUCAAGUUGGAGUUAGUCCCUUCCGAUUCGAUUGUUGAUAGGUGCAUGGAUAUGUUGGAGUACUACAAGUGUUUUGGCAGGAGGGUUGAGCUGGGAAGGUCACAGGAUCAAGAGUUGUUGUUUGGAUUGCCUGAGAUGGCUAUUACUGGGGCUGUUGGAGCUCGUGGCAAUGGUGUCAAAACGGUUCAAAUUCUUCUUUACAAUGGGUCCCCUACUUCUUUGAAGCGGGUUGAGAAGUGUUUGGAUCGGUUCAACUAUGUUCUCUUGGUUGAUUCAUAUGCUCAGGAAGGUCUUAGCCAGGAGUUAGUGGUGCUGGAACUGGUAGAAGAGUGGUUAUCGAGCAAUGAAAGAGGUCAUAAGAGAAGCAAGAGUGUCGAGUCUGUUUCCAGACCCAGGAAGGCAGUCAGGAUGAGAAGUGAGGGUGGGGAUGUGGCCGACUCGGUUGUAAAUAUGGACCAGAACACCAUAGUUUCUUUCUCUGGUGGGUUUGAAUGUGCUGGUACCUCUAGAGGGGAGUCUUCAACAACUACUAACACAACACUGACUCGCUUCUCAGAAUUCAAAACGAUAAGUCAGCUGGAGAAACGGUUCGUUUUGAUCCUGGCGCAACUGAAGUCUCCCACAUUGAUCUGCGUGGAUCAGCAUGCUGCUGAUGAACGGAUUCUGACAGACAAGAUCACUUCAGAUCUGAUACGGGAUGCCGAAAAUGAUGUUUCACAAACAGCUGAGAUUGUGCCUCUGCAUCUGUCUCUGAACAUGAAACAUCUUCUCAAACAUCAGACUGUGCUCAACAAAUGGGGCUUUCGUUUCGAAGGAGGCUACUUGAAUCAUGUUCCUCACUUGGCACGUGAAAUGGAUCCUUACCAACUAGACAUGGGGAUCAAGGAGUACCUAGAAACUCUGGAGAAUGGAGGUUCAGAUAGGGCGGUUCCUGCGUUAUUACAGCAACUUGUGGCCUCAUUUGCAUGCCGGAACGCUAUCAAAUUUGGCGAUGAACUGACUUUAGAGGAGUGUCACACCAUGGUGGAAAACUUGCUGAAGACGAAACUCCCGUUUCAGUGUGCUCAUGGCAGACCUUCCAUGGUACCCUUAGCUCUGAUAUAA